GGUGGUGAUCGGAGCAGGGGCUCUCAAAACAAGAAGGAGCCAGGCUACAAAGACAGCAAGGAGAUGGAGGAUCCCUGUCCUCCCAGCACUCCAGGCUGAGACAGGAGGAUCACAAGUUCAAACCCAGUCUGAGCAACUGAGGGCCUAGACAUGGACCCCAAGAAAGACCAGUUGUCCGAAGAGGGGACCACUGUCUCCCCAACCACAAAGGAGUCUGGGAUGUCAGGGGCUGGAGCAGAGGAGACCAAAGACCAAGCAGAGAAGACACACACCAAGGACGGUGUCCCUGAGGAGGGUGUCCUCGAGGAUAGUGUACCCAAAAAUGGUGCCCCUGAGGAUGGUGUAGCCAAGAAUGCUGUCCCCGAGGACAGUGUCCCCAAGGAAGGUGUACCCAAGAAUGGUGUCCCUGAGGAUGGUGCACCCAAGAAUGCUGUCCUAGAAGACAGUGUCCCUGAAGAGGGUGUACCCAAGAAUGAUGUCCCCAAGGAUAGUGUACCCAAAAAUAGUGUCCCUGAGGAUGGUGGACCCAAGAAUGCUGUCCCAGAAGACAGUGUCUCUGAGGAGGGUGUACCCAAGAAUGGUGUCCCCAAGAAUGGUAUCCCUGAGGACAGUGUCCCCACAGGGCCAAGGGGGGAAGCCAUUGGGCUAGCAGAGGGGGACCUGGGGAAGCCCCAGAAGGAAGCCGGGGGGAAGGAGGAAGCUGAGGCAGAACCUGGAAAGGAGAAAGGUGGGGAGGAAGAGGCCACAGCAGCUUCUUUGGAGGUGACAGCCAGGAAGGAUGAGACCACAUCUGAACCCAGGGAGACCGAGGACACGGAGGAGCCCACGCUGGCCUCACAGAGGCAGAAAGCUGACAAGGAGGCAGCCCCAGGGGAAUCUGAGGAGAAAGAUGGAGGGAACAGCAGAGAUAAAUCCAUGCCCAUGGAGGCCAGUGGGGACCAGGCUGCCAACCAUGAGGCCGAGGCAGGAUCUCAGAAGGCGGCUGUGGAUGGUGAACCCCAGGAGGCUGAUGGAAAGGAGGAGGCUGAAAGUGGUGCAGAGGAAUCGGCACCCUGUCCGCUCCAGAAGCCUGGAGACACUGAGGAAGACCAAGAGCAGGAAGAUAAGGAGCCUGAGGACGGGGCUGUGGGGGUCCCCAGCUCCCCUGAGGAGUGGCCCGAGAGCCCCAGCGAAGAGGGCCCUGGCCUCAGCCCAGAUGGCGUGGGCCUGGAAUCUGAAGCCUCAGGAGAUGCCAGUACUUCUGCCAGUGAGUCUUCACCUGGCAAUGCACCCCAGGGUACCACAGAGCCCCCUCGCCUGAAAGAGAAGAAGGAGCCUGGCCCGGAGCGCAGGGUGUCGGCCACAGCCCGGCCCCGGGGUCCUCGGGCUCAGAACCGCAAAGCCAUCAUGGACAAGUUUGGCGGGGCGGCCACAGGCCCCACGGCACUGUUCCGGAACACGAAGGCAGCCGGGGCGGCCGUUGGGGGCGUGAGGAACAUGCUGCUGGAGUGGUGCCGGGCCAUGACCAGGAAGUAUGAGCAUGUGGACAUCCAGAACUUCUCAUCCAGCUGGGGCAGCGGCAUGGCCUUCUGUGCCCUCAUCCACAAGUUCUUCCCUGAUGCCUUCGACUACACAGCACUGGACCCUGCCCAGCGCAGGCACAACUUCACCCUGGCCUUCAGCACCGCAGAGAAACUGGCAGACUGCGCCCAGCUGUUGGACGUGGAGGACAUGGUGCGGCUGGCGGUGCCAGACUCCAAGUGUGUCUACACCUACAUCCAGGAGCUGUACCGCAGCCUGGUGCAGAAAGGCCUGGUAAAGACAAAGAAGAAGUGAGGCUGAGACAGAAGGGUGCCCAGGGACUCACUGCUGCUCCUUGGGGACAACAGAGCUGGGGGCUGGGCUGGGACGGGGUCGCAGUCCUGACUGCAUUAAAAGGACUUUUGCAAA